CUGCAGGCUGUUUUAAACACACUUCAACAGUGUAGAGACAUGGAGCCAACAACUAUCAGAGAAGGAUACUUGGUCAAAAAGGGCACUGUGCUGAAUUCAUGGAAAGCGGUGUGGGUUGUGUUAAAAGACGAUGCUAUUGAGUUCUUUAAGAAGAAGACGGACAGAAACGCAAAGGGGAUGAUCCCUCUGAAGGGGGCGACACUCACCAGCCCCUGCCAGGACUUCAGCAAGAGAGCGCUGGUUUUCAAGGUGUCUACAGCCAAGAACCAGGAUCAUUACUUCCAAGCGACGCACCUGGAGGAGCGCGAGCACUGGGUGAAAGACAUCCGCAGGGCCAUCACCUGCUUACAGGGAGGAAAAAAGUUUGCCAGAAAGUCAACACGACGAUCCAUUCGGCUACCAGACAGUGUUAACCUGAGUGAACUGUACGUGUGCAUGAAGGAUCCAGACAGAGGAGUUAAAGAGCUGAAGCUGGAGAAGGACAAAAGACUAUUCAACCACUGUUUCACAGGGAGCACCGUCAUCGACUGGCUGAUCUCUGAGGAAAAGUCCAGAAACCGAACCGAAGCCGUGAUGUUAGCCAGCGGACUCCUAAAUGAGGGAUUCCUGCAGCCGGCAGGAGACACGUCCAAAGACGGUGCAGAAAAAGGAGCCGAGAGCGUUUUCUUGGACCAGACUGAGGCCUUUUAUUACUUUGCGGACAGUGGUUUCUUCUGUGAGGGUUACUCCAGUGAUGAAGACGUGAUUAUGAAGGAGGAGUUCAGAGGUGCGAUAGUCAAACAGGGCUGCUUGCUGAAACAGGGUCAUCGGAGAAAAAACUGGAAAGUCCGAAAGUUUAUCCUGAGAGAUGAUCCUGCUUAUAUCCACUACUAUGAUCCCAGCAAGGGUGAAGAUGAUCCUCUGGGCUCCAUUCAUCUGCGUGGAUCAGUUGUGACUGCGGUGGAGUUUGUGCCUGAUGCCAAGAGGCACGAAGUUGAUGGGAAUCUGUUCGAGAUCAUCACUUCAGACGAGAUACACUACUACCUGCAGGCGGCCACAGCUGACGAGCGCAAGGACUGGAUCAGAGCCGUCCAAAGUGUGGCCAAAUCCGGAAAAUAAACACAAAUUAGUCAUUACAGACAUGCUUUAGAUUGUCUAAAUAUAAGUCUACUGUUUAAUUUUACCAGAAAUAAUAAUUUAACUGUUUAACCUUUACAUUUGCACAGAAAUAUCUUUCUUACUUUAGAGUUUUUGUCUUGUUUCCAGUCAAAAUGUCUAACAAUUCUUGAAUGAAGAAGCAUUUCUAGACAAGCAAUACAAUAUUGUCUUGUUUUCAGAAAUAAUGAGACAAAAUGAAGUGAGUUUUUCCUUAAAACAAGCAAAAUAAUAAAUCAAUAAAUCAAUAAAAUAAUCGUAUAUCAAAAUUAAAAACAAGAAUUAUUUCCCUUCCCCUAUUGGCAGAUUUUUUUGCUUGUUUUAAGGAAAAGCUCACGUAAUUUUGACUCAUUAUUUCUGAAAACGGCACAAUAUUGUUUGCUCAUCUAGAAAAUUCUUCUAGAAACGAACAAAACACCAAGCUAAAAGCAUUUCUUUGCAGUUUAACAACCACAUGACAUGUUUCGUCAACAAAAAAAUAACAUUGCAGUAAGCGGAUGUGGGCAAAUGUGCCGUUUCACCAGAGAUUGAUAAUGAAGGCAGAACUGCUCAUCACUAUCAGCACUGCAAACUGUGUAAAGGAAAUCUUCAGUGUCCAGCAUUCUCCUGCUUUUGUGUUUUGUUAUUUCAUUUUUAUUUAUAGCUGUAGCACUUCCUGGAUUUUUUUCUUGGAGGUGGUCAAUUUAUAAUUGUUGUAACAGUCUGGUGGUGUAAUAAUAACAAUAAAUAAAUAAAUAAAUAAAUAAAUAAAUAAAUAAAUGAAUAAAUA